AGAAGUGACAGCACGAGCGGGAUUGGCUCCGGGGGCGCGGCGAGGAGGUGAGCGGGGGGCCACAGCCCAGGCUGGGGGAUCCGGGUGCAGGAGGGCAGCCUGGAGCAGGCUUGCCUGAAGCGGGCCGGAGUCCGCGUGCCAGGGAGCGACAGCAAACGAGGGAAUUGGGGCUGGGGUCGGGAGUCUGGCAAUGCCGCAGGGGGCGGGCUCUCACGCCGUACGGGGCGGAGCUCUGGGGCUCGGGGCGGGACGCGGAACAGCGGUGGGAGGGACAACGGAGUCAGUGCGAGCGAAGGGCAGAACCCAGUGGCCCAUAGCUGGAUUAGGAGGUGUGGGGGGCGGGGUCUGGAAUUUAGAGGAGGAGCUGGAGCAGGUGGAAGGUGGAGCCUUGGGCUCAGAGACAGAGGGCGUGAGAUCCCAGGCGUUGGGGGUGGGACUUCAGCCAGGGAGUGGCGUGGCUCCUGUGCAGGAGACGAAGUCUAACAUUUCUGAGGGCGUGGCCACAGGUGAGGGGGCGGAGCUGCACGCCUUAAAGGGUGGGGCCAAAGAGCCUUGCGGAGAGCUAAGCGUGAGCUAUGGCCCAGGGCGUCCACGCGGGGGCGGCCUCCGUGGUGGCCGCGCCUGGGGUCGCGGUAGACCAAGAACUCCCCCUGGAGAGGUUGUGUGGGUGGAGCGGGCUCGGCGUCCCGCUGACUCUGAGCCAGUCUGGGUUCCUCGGAGGCCCCCAAGAGCUCAGAGUUGGGGAGGUGCCCCUGGUGGAGGAGGCACGGGGCCAGACUGGGGGGUGCCUCCGGAGGACCGGGGCUCCUCAGAGCCACCUAGUGGAGAUGUGUGGGUGCCUCGCGGCCGGCCACCUGCAGCAGCCGCAGAGGUGUGGGUGUGCUGGACUGGGAGCAGCUGGGUGUGGCGGGAAUGGGGUCGUCCCGUCGGGACAAAUCCUGUCCAGUCAGAUAGGGUUUGGACUUUGCGUAAAGGGGCUAGCGGAAACUGAAGAACGGCGAUGGGGACUGGGAGGAAGAGGUCAGGUAGUGAGCAAAAGGAGGGGGUCCUGGCUGCUGUGGCCUCCCCUGACCCCCUCCCCUCGCUGCUGGGGUCCUCGGCCAAGUCCCCUUCUCACUGGACUGAGACAUGAGGCUGAGCUGGAUCCUGACAGUACUGUCCAUUUGCCUGAGUGCCCUGGUCACAGCCACAGGGGCCGAAGGCAAGCGGAAGCUGCAGAUUGGAGUGAAGAAACGUGUGGAUCACUGUCCCAUCAAGUCUAGAAAGGGAGAUGUCUUACACAUGCAUUACACGGGAAAGCUAGAAGAUGGGACGGAGUUUGACAGCAGCCUACCACAGAACCAGCCCUUUGUUUUCUCCCUUGGCACUGGCCAGGUCAUCAAGGGCUGGGACCAGGGGCUACUGGGGAUGUGUGAAGGGGAAAAGCGGAAGCUAGUGAUCCCGUCUGAGCUGGGGUAUGGAGAGCGGGGAGCCCCCCCAAAGAUACCAGGUGGAGCAACCCUGGUGUUUGAGGUGGAACUGCUCAAGAUUGAGAGACGUUCAGAACUGUAGCAGGCUGCAGAGGGGUAGGAGGCCCCUAUCAGGGACCAGACUGUUUAAAAACAAACAAAAAAACCUUUAAAACCCCAA